AGUUCUUAUUUUUGAAUGCAACCUAACAAGUAAUAUUAAAUAUUUUUGAUACUUUCGAGGAAUUCAAAAUAAAAAUAUGAUCUUGGUCAACUGAAGUAUGACUUACACAAUAUGUUUACUAAUAUUUUUGGCAUUAGCAGCAACAGCCCAGAAGUACGAUUUAGAGCAACGAUCCAACAAGCUGUUCGGAAAAGGUUUGAGUCAGGUCUUACAAGAAUUCAGAGACUCGCCCGAAUAUUCGAAAAUUUUGGCGCAAAAAGUAUCAAAUUGGAAGAAAAGCGCUAACAUGAUAUUUUUCUCGUUGUUCGAAGACCAAACUAAUAAGUUCAUAAAGGACGUCGAAAAUCUGGAUAAUGUUGAGAUCGCCAUUAACACUAGACGAAAUAUGGAAAAAAAUAAAACCAUAUUCGAACUGUUGGAUGAACAUUCUUAUGGGAAAUUUACAUCGGAUGAAGUGUCCAAGUUAAAAAAUCUUGCAUACGAACAUUUUAACAUGUUUCUGCAGUUAUACAUGGAGGCCUUGUCGCCUGGCUCUUCAAACAGCAGCAGAAAUUCACUGAGAUCCAAACAUGAGCCCCAGUUUUUAGAAAAAGGAAAACGAUUGGUACUCAAUAAUUCACAGAUGCCAAAGAUGGAAGUGCCAAAAAUACCAAAACAUGAGAUGCCUAGGAUGCAACAAAAACAAACAGAAUCGCCAAAGAUACCGAGGAUGAAGCAAAAAGAGAGGUUACCCGAGCAAAAAGUGCCCAAAGAACCAGAGAUACCGAAGCUAGAAUUACAAAAGUUACAGAAGCAAGAGAUUACAAGUAUGGAAAGAUUGUACGAGCAUAAAGUACUCAAGAAACCGGAGAUGCCGAAGCUAGAAUUACAAAAGUUACCGAAGCAAGAGAUGACAAGGAUGGAAAGAUUGUACGAGCAAAAGGUGCUCAAGAAACCGGAGAUGCCGAAGCUAGAUGUACAAAAGUUACCGACGCAAGAGAUGACAAGGAUGGAAAGAUUGUACGAGCAAAAAGUGUUCAAGAAACCGGAGAUGCCGAAGCUAGGAGUGCUUAAGAAACCGACGCCCAAAUUGCAACAAAAUCAGGAAAACGAAAGGUCGGCCAGGCAAAAAUUGCCCAAGGAACUAGUGAUGCCAAUGUUAAAAGCGUCAAAGGUGCCAGAGAUGCUGAACCAUGAGUUGCAGAAACAAGCUGGGGUGUCCAAGCUAGAAUUCUUCAGGAACUAG